CCCGUCCGUCAGUGUCAAACUCAUGUGUUUCUGCAGUGAAGUGUUGUCGUUUCUCUUCUUCUUAUAAAACUCACUUCCCGCUUCCUUGCAAAAAAUUAACAAAAAGUUCAAGAUUUUUCCUUGGCAAAGUUCCAACAAAAACUAUACAAGAAAAGCAAAAGAGGCAUUAAAAGUUUCAAACCAUAUAUGAUAUAUAUAUAUAUAUAUAUAUCCAAUGCCUCCAAAGCUACCCAUUAGCCUUCCCACUCCCCUAAGCCGUAAGUUCAUUAAAGAAGCCUGCAAUUCAGGUGAUUUGCAACGUGCACGCCACAUGUUCGAUCAAAUUCCCCAACCAGACCUCCGUACGUGGACCAUCUUGAUUUCAGCUUACACGCAACAUGGGUUUCCUAAGGAAUCUAUAAAGCUUUACAAUCUAGUGCGAGCACAGGAAAUUAUACCUGAUAGACUAGUACUUUUGUCGGCUGCUAAGGCUUGUGCCACUCUGGGUGACAUUGUGAAAGCCAAAGAGGUUCAUGAUGAUGCGGUUCAAUUUGGGUUUCAUUCUGAUACUUUGUUGGGCAAUGCGUUGAUUGAUAUGUAUGCUAAAUGUAAGUGUGUUGAAGAUGCGAGACGGGUUUUUGAUGGUAUGCGGGUGAAAGACGUGAUUUCGUGGACCUCGUUGUCGUCUUGUUAUGUUACUUAUGGUCUACCUAGACAAGGUUUGGAGGAGUUUCGUGAGAUGAUGUUAAAUGGGGUGAAACCCAAUGUGGUGACUGUGUCUUCAAUUCUACCGGCUUGCUCUGAACUCAAAACUUUGAAUUCAGGAAGAGAGAUUCAUGGCUUUGUAGUAAAGAAUGAAAUGGGAGAGAAUUUAUUUGUUUGUAGUGCGCUUGUUAGCAUGUAUGCUAGUUGUUUAAGCAUUAGGCACGCCCAAUUGGUAUUUGAUAACAUGUCUCGGCGAGAUGUUGUGUUGUGGAAUGUAAUUCUAACAGCAUACUUCUCAAAUAAAGAAUGUGAGACGGGUCUUGAAUUAUUUUAUCAGAUGAGAAACGAAGAUGUCAAAUUGAAUGAUGCUUCAUGGAAUGCUGUCAUUUGUGGGUGUGUGCAAAAUGGGAAAACUGAACUGGCGCUGGAGAUGCUUGGUCAGAUGCAAGAUUUGGGUUUCAAACCUAAUCAGAUCACUAUUACUAGUGUCUUGCCAGCUUGCACGAGUUUGGAAAGCUUAAGGACUGGCAAAGAAAUUCAUGGUUAUAUCUAUAGACAUUUGUUUAUUAAGGACUUAACGACCACAACAGCUCUGGUUUUAAUGUAUGCUAAAUGUGGUGACUUAGAACUUUCACUAAGGGUCUUCAAUAUGAUGCCAAAAAAGGAUACUGUUGCUUGGAACACAAUUAUCAUUGCUAACUCUAUGCAUGGGAAAGGAGAAGAAGCCUUGUUGCUCUUUGAGAAAAUGUUGGACUCAGGAGCGAAGCCCAAUUCUGUUACUUUUACUGGAGUAUUGUCUGGUUGUAGUCAUUCACAACUUGUUGACAAAGGCCUCUUGAUUUUUGAUUCAAUGAGUAGGGAUUACUCAACAGAACCUGAUGUGGAUCACUACUCCUGCAUGGUUGAUGUACUUAGCCGUGCUGGUCGGCUAGAACAGGCAUAUGAGUUUAUACAAAGAAUGCCUAUAGAACCAACUGCUGCUGCUUGGGGAGCAUUGCUUAGUGCGUGUAGAGUACAUAGAAACAUGGAGUUAGCAAAAAUUGCAGCGAAGAAGCUUUUUGAGAUUGAACCUCAUAACCCUGGAAACUAUGUAUUGUUAUCCAAUAUAUUCUCCACUGCCAAUUUAUGGGAAGAAGCCUCAGAAAUUAGAAAAUUGAUGAGUGACAGAGGAAUAAUAAAAGAACCAGGUUGUAGUUGGGUUUAGCUGAGGAAUAGUGCUUGCUGCUUUAUUGUUGGUGAUAACAAAAAUGAACACACUGAUGUACGAAAUUUUGGGACAAUUUGGUUUAAAAAAUGAGAUUGGCUGGAAAUGUGCCCAACAUUGAUGUUGUUCUACAAGAUGUGGAUCCAAAGGAUAGAGAGAAUUCUUUAUAAUCACUCUGAGAUGCUCGCUGUUGCCUUUUGGGAUUCUUAACUGGAAUGGACAAUCAUCAAUGAGUUUAUUAAGAAUUUACAUGUGCAGAUGUCAUAAUGCCAUUAAAUUCAUGCGAGAUUGUAGGUGUGCAAAUCGUUGUAAGAGAUACCACAAGUUUCACAACAGGUGGUGUAGAUGCUGAGGAUUGGAAUCAAUUUCUGGUUGCAUCAUAUUAAAGAGAUGGUUGUGGGAGAGAAUUAGGAACUUUGCUCUAUCUUGAUUUGAAUAUUUUCAAUUGCGAAAUGGCAAAUGGAAUAUCGGUAUAUAGAUGUUGAGUUCAAAACUUCAAAUUUGGGUAUGACAUCAUGAGUGACUAAGGUUUAAAAGAAAAUAGUUUUCGUUAAACUUCCUUGACUUACUCCUUGGUAGAACGAUUAAUCUAAACUUGCAGCAGCAAGAGUAUUCAGAUUGUAAGGUAAGUGGGAGCCUGUUGUAUAAUAAACUGCUAGAAUGACAUGCUAAACCAAACCUUCGUUUAAUAAGAUAUGAAUGGGUUGCGCUUCUUUGUGUCACUUGAUUGCAGUUAAGUACUUCAGUAAUUCAAAUGCAAUCUGUAUUUGUAGGUGACACAACAGAGUAAUAAUUAUUUUCAAUUUCAGCCU